AUGUCCACAAUACCAAGGAACUUCAAACUUUUGGAAGAAUUAGAGAAAGGUGAGAAAGGUUUAGGGUCAGAGUCUUGCUCCUACGGGCUCCAAGACCUGGAUGAUCUGACCAUGACGUAUUGGAACGGAACCGUAUUAGGCCCACCAAACUCGGUGCACUCAAAUAGAAUCUACUUUUUAACGAUUGAGUGCAAUGAGAGUUACCCAGAAAACCCCCCAAUCGUCAAAUUUCAAAGUAAGAUUAACCUACCAUGCGUCGACCAAACAACAGGAUUAGUAGACCCCAAGAAAUUCAAGACCUUGGGCGAAUGGAAAAGAAGUUACAGCAUAGAAAUCGUUCUAUUGGAACUGAGAAAGGAAAUGGCAUUACCUGGUAAUAAGAAGCUUGCACAACCAAAAGAGGGAAGUACCUAUUUUUGA